GUAGCACUUCAGCGACGAGGAAAAGUAGCACAGUUUGGUACCUUUAUUUCUGAGUGUGCAUGUGAAGAUGUUUGCUGGUGGUCCUCUAGGGUUAGGCACACGAAUGAAAUGUUAUAUUGGUAUACUGUCGCAGUAACACCAGCAAAGGGGACCAGGAUGUAAGCAUCAAAACACACACAAAAAAACUCGUGUCUCACCUAGGUUACAUUUUAAUACUGGGAAAGGCGUGACGUCACGCCUUACAGAUAACGUGGACACGCGGAGAGGCACGAGCGCUUUGGCGGUAAUUGAUCUGUACGCCAGUGUGACAGUAGUUUGACAUGCACUGAUCGAGCUGCAUUAUGGAGGGAUCCGUGAGCUCACGGCUCGUCAAGGUGUUCGCCGGGGUCGCGAUCGCUUUCACCGCGACCGUCCUGAUGCACGUGCGAGACCCCUCCGACGUGCUGUUGGACAGCGGUUACGGUUAUCCCGAGCUGUGGCGGAAAACCGGCCUGGCCGGAGCUCCGGCGCGUGCUGCGGCGUGCAUCCUGGCGGGUGCAGUGCUUCUGGCUGCGGGCUGGCUCUACCGGCUCCUGUUCGCUCCUCUGGAGCUGCUGCGGAGUCCGGACGAGGUGGGAUAUGUGGCGGAGGACGGGCGCUCCCGAGCGCGUGCGGCCAACGAAGUGCGGCGGAGGCGCAAGACCGGGGAAUUGCCUCCGGUUUACCCGAACGGCUGGUAUCGGAUCCUGGACUCGCACAUGCUGGAACGCGGAGACGUCAAGAGCGUGACCGUGUUGGGUGAGCAGGUGGCUGUGUUUCGGGGUCAGGAUGGGAAGGCCUAUGUGUUGGAUGCCUACUGCCCCCAUCUAGGGGCCAACCUGGCUGUAGGGGGCCGAGUGAUGGGCAAUUGUAUAGAAUGUCCCUUCCAUGGCUGGCAGUUUCGAGGAGAGGAUGGGAAGUGUGUCAGGAUCCCAUAUGCUGAAAAAGUGCCGGAGUUUGCUAAAGUGCGCUGCUGGCCGAGCUGUGAGAUUAACGAGCAGAUCUUGGUUUGGUUCCACUGUGAUGGAGAAGAACCAGGCUGGAUGGUUCCUGAGCAGAAAGAGAUCACCAAUGAGGAGUGGGUUUACCGCGGACGCACGGAGCACUUCAUCAAUGCUCACAUAGAGGAGAUACCAGAGAACGCUGCAGAUAUCGCUCACCUGGCCCAUCUCCACACACCGGGUAUCGUGAGUGGUGUGGACCUCCGUUACACCAACAGUAAGACUUGGGAGUUCAUCCGCCAUGACUGGAAGGUGGAAUGGAAUCCAGAGCCAGAGCCCAAUAAGCAUUGUUCUCAAAUGUUGGUGAAGCACGCUCUGACUGUAUUCGGACGCCACUGGCCUCUCUUGGACGUGAAUGUGGUGGCCAGACAGGUCGGUCCAGGUGUGGUGUUCCUGCUGUUUAAUCACAACUUCUUGGGUCGUGGUGUGAUCUUACACUGUGUGACCCCAGUGGAGCCGCUGCUGCAGUGUGUGUCACACACCAUCUUCUACCAGAGCAACAUUCCUCCACUAGUGCCAAAAUUCAUCCUGCGAGCAGAGUGUAUUCAGUUUGAGCGGGAUGUGAUGAUUUGGAACAAUAAGAAGUACGUCUCGAAACCAUUGCUGGUGAAAGAGGACUCAGCCAUCCAAAAACACAGGCGCUGGUAUAGUCAGUUCUACAGCGAGAACAGCCCACGUCUGCGCUUCCAACACGACACACUGGACUUCUGAUCAAACACAUGGCCUGGACUCAAGAUAUUAUGCAGUUGUUCACUCAAAUGAUGAGGACAGGAUGCUUGCAGUGGACCUGACCAAUGAAAGAAGAAGAAGAAAAAAAGAAUUUCCCAGUCCUGAAACACAUUAGCGCAUUAUAUCAAGUUGCUCUGAGUAAGAUGAGCCCCUGAUCUUAAAAUAUUAAAACGUCCCACAAUCAGAACUGAAAAUCUCCAAAACCCAAGAUGAUGCCAUGAUGGUAGCGGCUUAUUUCCUUCCAUUUUUAAGGACCAUGCUGUCCUUGUUGAAGUGCCUGAGAGGACUGUGAAUCAUUGAGCAAGUGCUAACUUUCUCUCUCUCUCUCUCGCUAUGAGAAUCAAUGUAGCUGGACUUUAUUGCACUGUAAUCAGGGGAAUUCAGCACAAUCACAACACAUCACAGACCGAAGAGCUCUUCCAGCCAAUGCAAGCAAUAACAGCCGACGGGCCAGAAGACGAACUGAAGCCACAAGACCCAAUCAUUUCUACACUGUGAAUCAAGAGGAUGUCCUCUUGGUAUUACUGAAAUACCAAAUUGGUGCACCAGUCUCUGUAAUGACAUAAAAACACAGUCUCAUUGAUUCAAAGAAGUGUGUAUCAUGAAUGAUCCUAUACACACAUCACUGUAUGAUAAAGCUUGAUACUGCUUGCAUCUCUUUCUUUAUUAGUAGUGCACUAUUAUUUAGAAAUGAUAUCAAAUGAGGCAUGGUCUCUGCCCCGUCUGAUAGAACCAACUCUAAAUCAUAUUAUAUAAAAUCGUCGGCGGCUUAAAAAUAUCUGCGAUAUAUCGGAUAAUUAAUCGUGCAUCAACAUGCCCGUUGUAUUAUCGCAAAAUGGAAGCUAUACAACAAUCACAAUUUUUCAUGAAUUCAACAAUGACACAGCAUAUUUUUAUCUGUUUAUAGUUAGGUUUAAUGUUUCUGAAUGUCUGCAAACCCAAGUUAUUGCUUACGCUAUAACAGAAAAUGUUACAGAGAAACCACAAAGCCCUCCGCAAUGAAGACUGUGUCGGAAAACUUAAGCAUACAAAGCGCUGACACUGGAGACUCCUUCCAAAAAGAAAACCUGAUGCUAAUGAGUGCAUUAAUAUGAACCUGUGAUUUGAAUUGCAGUGUGAUCUGAAAAUAAAUGAUCAUAUUUGAAAAUUCGAAGCUUGGGUAUAAACGUCUGUAUAGUGCAAAAAAACUGGCCAAAAUAGUUUUCAUUUGGUAAUAUUUAGACUAAAUAAUAUAUAUUGAAAUUUUUAUUAACUGUACACUGUAGCUACAGUACAUAUCACUAACUACCUUCAGGAAGUAUAAGUUAAAACUAAAUUGCUGAAAAGAGAAAUGUACAUUUAAAGCAAAUAGAGUAUAGUAUACAGAAUGUGUUGAAUAUUCAUACAGUCAGCUGAUACAGAGUUGUAUUAUUUUUCUGUUUUAGUCUGUGUUCAAUGCACUGAAUGACUUCAUUGCAGUAUGUUAGAGCAUGCAUUAAAAGUGUUUAUUGUUUGAUAAAGCUCGAUAACUACGGAACUGCUAUCUAACAUUUUUUUUAUUUUUAUCAGCAGGCGUGUUUGUCCUUGUGCGCUGCCAGGCUACUUGCUGAUGCUCAUUUGCCAUAUUUACAACAACGAGAGCAGUUUGUGCUGCAGUUAUACUGGACAAAUAGUCCAGCAUAAUCUCUGCCCUCCAUGUUUGUAGCAUAUGGCUGAUUAACUCAAACUAUUAUUUCUACACUUUUUUAAAAAAAACAAACCUAACAAACAGGAAAAUUGUCUAGUAGAAACUCACUUAUAAUAGACAUCUAAGGGCAGUUUUGAAUUAAUAUUUUAAAAACUUAUUUAAAAUAAUCCUACAAGCAUUGCACUUGAACAGCAAAGGUCUUAACACAGACAUUAGACAAUGUCAUAAAACAUACAGAAAGUACGUUUGUGUAAUUCCUUUAAAAAAUUUUUUAUAUGGUAUCCAUGGUUCAUCAUGCAGAAACUGAGCUCCAGCUCUAAAAGAAUGAGUUUACAAAUAAUUUUGAUGAAAGAAUUCAUUGAUGUUCAUUGACUGUAUUGAAUCAACUGCCCUUAGCCAUAUAUGAUUAUAUAGAUAGCAUUUAUAGCAUUUUAUAUGACUGUGUAGUUGAAUGGAUGAUUCUGAUUGGUUGGUGAGUGUUGAUUCAUUUUCUAUAAUUUUCUAUAACAGCAAAUCACAGGUUUAUAUGAAUAUACUUGUUCUAAUAUAUUGCAAUUUCUAUAGUAACAACUUACACAGGGACUUGUUUAUUACUGUAAUAAACAGAUUAAACAAAGAAAAAAAGUCUAAUAUUUGAUAUGGUGAUGCUUUUUGUAAGGAGACAUUUAUUAGACAUUUAUGGAAGGAGUCCCCAGUGUGAGUGCCUUGUAAAAGUCAGUACAUUUCCAACACUAGGAACUGCUGUUUAAUGUAUAGCUACUAUAAUGUAAGCGAUGACAAGAACUAACUCGUUUUGCAGACGUUCCAUUACAAUAAAUGUCAUAAAUAAAUGGAUAAAAAUGUACCGUUUGUAAAAAAAAAAAAAAAAAAGGUUGUCUCAAAAGUCUCCAUACAUGUGGAGACUAUGUUUGCCAACAUCACGUUGGUCGUAUCUUCGUGGACGUCCACUUCUCAGUCAGUCCGCAACACUUCCAGUCUUUUUGAAUUUGUUAGUAAGUUUGGCAACAGUGUCGUGUGAUGAUGUGCUUGCCAUAUUUCCUGUUAAAGUCCAUCACAACCUUGCGACAGCUUCCCGAUCCAGCCAUGAGAAUGAUUUCAAUACGUUCUCUUUUUGUUUUUGUCAAAGGCAUUCUUAAAGGCUAUGAAGUAUGAAAAAUUUUGGAAGACAUUUUGCGAAAAAGUGUUCAUUUCCCCUAUAUAUGGAGAUUUUGGGACACCCUGUAUACACGAGCUUAUUGGAAAAUGUUCACACAAUGUUCAUGCUUUUUUAUAAUCCUUACUUAUAAAUAUAUUGUUUUUGACGUUAAAAUAUUCUAAAUGAGUGCUAGUACGGUUACUUCUCCUAUUUCAUAGAAUUCCUGUUGUUGAUUUUAGAAGCUUUUUUUGCACCAUAAUGCUUUGUGUAUUGUUGCACAUGCUGUAACUGUACAAUAUGCACACAACAAUUUAGUCUCCAUUUCAGAACGUUCUUUGUGAUAAAACAAACAUGAAAUCAGUCAUGUAUAAUUUUACAGCUGUUCCAAUUGAGAGAGAAACAUCUUGUGGGUCUUGGGCAACUUAAUUUAUAGGCAUGCGGCAGCGCGUUAUCCUUUUAAUCUCUGUGGGUUUCCAUAUUGCUUUAUUAAAAUAUAAGCUAUGCUUUCUAUGCAAGAUUGUGGGUACUGUACAGAGAGAGAGAGAGACUUAGAGAGAGAGAGAGAGACAUAGAGAGAGAGAGAGAGAGAGAGAGAGGUGCAUGAUGGGUUAUUGUCUUGAACAUUAUGUCAGCAGGCAGAUGUUGGCCAUUUUCCUGAUGAAAUUAGCUUCUGUACAGCAGCAGUAUCAGACACAGUGUAUUCAGGGUGCCUACGUUUACACGCAUGACUGCGCGGCAUCUCUCUCUCUCAGUAUAUCUAUCUCUGGCUAUUUGUGUGCUCUGCGUCUGAGCAGGCAACACACUAAGGCUGAGAAUUGCACCACCGCAGGCACUGUGAUAAAGCAAGCGAAACAGUGUUCUUAUUGCCUUGUCAUCGAGAUUGAUUUUAUAAAUCUGCAGGUGUUUGUCCGGGGUGAAUCAUACAGGUUUCUGUAAUGUCUUCUGUAAUCUAUAUAUGCCAUAUAUAGAAGGGAAAAUACUUUUAUUUGUAUUUCAUUUUAUUAUUAUUAUUAUUAUUA